AUCAAUGACCUGAACUGAAAUGGAGACUAGCUGGGGAAUUCCAUUGACCGACUCAUUUGAACAGACUCUUGUGCUGGCAUGUGGAAUUGAUCUGACAUCGAUUCUGGUUCCUGUGCAAACGAGAUCCGCUCAUGUUGCUCCAGCACCUUAGUCAAAUUGAUAUGGCUUUGACCCAGCGCGUAGUGCAUUUGCGACCACGUCGUAGCGAGGACUGCGCUGCAACGCAGUUCCUCAUCCCCCGUUAGCGAGUGCUAGUCCCCCGUUUCCGUCCUAUCAUUUCGCCUUGUACAUACUAACACCUAGCCUCAGAAGACGCGGCUUCUAAUACCUUGUACACACUACCAAAUCGGUCUUGCCUCUUCCGCCAAGAAUCGCGUGUUUUUAUACCCUUCAAGGCGUACCAUUUCGAAUUGACUUGAGCGCUGCUACUCGCAAGCAGAAUGAUGCGUCACCGCUGCCGCUCCUACCUCCGACCAUCACAGCCUCAGUCACAUGUGGCAUCCGCCCUCACCCUACUCCUGAUCGGCGCGCUUCUCUCUUCGCCCUCCCUCCCCGCCUCCAACACGCACGGCGCCGGCCCGCUCCUAGCGCUAGCGCAAUCCGCGUCGCAGUUUCUAGGCGACGCGGCUUCGCAGGAAGCCGAGGCGCUAGUUAAAGCGUGGUCGGAGGCGUACGGGCUCUGGGGGGAAUCCGUGCUCCCCCCUUCCGCCAUCUCGCUCCCCCCGGGCGUCCCUGCUGCGCCGCACCUGGAGGACUGCGCGCGAGUGAGCGCGGAGCGGGAGGCGGCGGAGCGGAGAGGCGCGGGCGGAGAGGAGCCCUCCUGGACCCAAGGGGCUCCCAGGAGGGCGGAAGCUGCUGCCGCUGGUGCCGGUGCUGCUGCUGCUGCUGCUGCUGCGUGCUCGGGGCAAGAGCACGGGGAGGGGGUGCCGCAGCCGCCUUGGAUCAGAGGGCCGGAUGCAGCCAAUCUGCCAUUGACACGUGUCGUGCAGAGGGACAUCUGGCGCCAUCAGUUCCCCCUUGGCGACUGCACUGACAAGCGUCUGCUCAUCGCCAAAUGGCCCACUCCAGGUGGCCAUGGGGCCGGUUCUCAGGUUCACGUGAUGUCCGCCAUGCUCAGCCUCGCCAUGCUCAACAACCGCGUGCUCGUGGAGGACCCCGACUCGUACCUGCGCGCCCGCACCGCCGACUGCGAAGCCGCGGCCGUGGGGCACAACAGCCGCUGGGACUGCUACUUCUUUCCCAUCACGUCGGUGGAGUGCCGCCGGGUGGCGGUGCAGCAGCUGAUCACCAACACGCUCCCAGAGUGUGCGGGGGUGCGCUUUGAGGAGGCCGCCGCUUCUGAUGCGAAAUUCGUGUGCGUCGGCAUGGCCAACUCCAUGGAGUCCUCUGCUGCCAGCCUGUGGGGCGACGCUUAUUUAAACACCACAUGCACUGUGGAGGCAGAGGGGCGACUGAUGCCCCUUGCACCGGAACUGCGCAAGGUGCACUGGUGGCGCGCACAGGCGGUGCGCUUCAUCAUGCGGUGGCCAUCCGCCCACCUCUGCCACGUCACCAACCAGGAGAGGCACCGCGCCUUCGGCACGCUCUCAGCCAAUCACGUAGCUCGGUUCCUGCAGACCCAAUCAGAAGCCCUCUCCGCCCUCUCUCACAGCAUUAGCGCCUCUCCUGGCACUGCCACAGCAGCAGCCAAUGCUGGUGCCACACCAGCAGGAGCCAACGGCACAGCUGCCGCAACGGACUGGGAAGCAAGGAGAAGAACGGCAGCCGAUCGACUGGUAGCUCUUGCUGCUUCCUUCUUGUCCUUCCAUCCAGAUCCUUAUGCCACGCCCACUGCCACUGCUGCAUCUGAUCACAGCGCAAGCUUAUCUGGCGAUGCUGCUGCUGCUGCUGCUGCUGCUGCUGCUGCUGGUGCCAAUGGUGGUGAAGGGGGUAGUGGUGACAAUGGCAAUGAUGCUGGCUGGUCCAUGUUAGUGCAGGAGCCGUACAUGCCGCGGCCUAUAGCGAGUCUGCAUGUAAGGGGGACGGACAAGUUUGCGGAGAUGGGGCUGAGCUCCCUGGACUCGCACAUCUUCCACAUGACUCGCCUCAGACCCCAUGCGCUCCACCUCCAACACGUCUGGCUCAACACCGAGACGCAGGCCAACAUCGACCAGGUUAAGGAGCUCGCCUCGUGGACCUUCUUCUACUCAUCGAACGCGCGCCAGCAGGACGGCGGGGGCGGCCUGCGGCAGUACGAGCGCGACCAGUCGGUGGCGGUGAGCUUCGCGAGCGUGCUGAUCGCCGCGCAGUGCGACCUCUUCGUCGGCAGCCUCGGCUCCAACUGGAGCCGCCUCAUGAACGAGCUCCGUUCCACCAAUGGCCGCCUGCUAGCCGGAUUCGUCGCCGUCAAUUUCGGGGAAUGGUGAACAGGCUGAAUCGGGCUUCAGGGCGUGUCCAGCGCGUUCAUUUCGCCCCAACCGAGCGUCUUUUGUACUUGUUUGAAAUUUGCUAUGGAAACUGUUACUGUUGCGAAGUUUACCUUCGGAGGGCAGAACACGGUUGGCGCGGCCGCUUAUGACGCCAAAAAUGAGCCUGUGCGUUACGCAAAAGCAAGACUGACAUGCGACGUCGGUAGGGUUACAAAAUGGCCCACUUCAUUUUUAGGGUGCUUCGAAGAGUCGCACGAGGUAGGCGAAACGUGUCGUUUUUUUCGCCAGCCGGAUUGGCGGGAUUAGGCGUUUUCGAAACACUUACAACACGACAGCGGGCACGCUUGGAAGGUGUCUGUUAAAACCGACGUUUUUA